AGAAAGGCUCCUAAUUCUCCUUUCCAGCUUUCCUCACUCAUGAACGACACUAACCUUAUCUUGCUUUCCAUCGACCCAGAUGCUGCGAUAACCACCGUGUCGUUCCCCAUGUCAGUCAGCAAAGACUCGUUUCCCUCACAAGCUCAAAGUGACCUUAAAAUCAUGCUGGGUACCGAAGCCGGUGGGUGGAUCUGUCUUCUUUGUACUCAACGACCCUAUCGCGGUAGACGACGAACCCGCUAUGGCUGCACAAUUAGGACACUUCAGUUACGAAUGGACGAGGUGGAACAAAGGGAGAUUGCGAGAGGCAUUGAAGACUAAUCCAAACCCCCAAGUCAUUCAAGUUGUUGCGAUCAUGGCCCGAGAAUUUAGAAUGCUCCCUCCACGAGAAUUCCUUCCAGAGCUUCCUGGUGGUAAAUUCUUUCACAAGCGACCGUCUCAAGCGCCUUCAAACGGAGCUUGCCCCAAGAAAUUCUCUGAAAGUCAAGCAGAUCCGGAGACAAGGAUUCAUAUAGACCGUCCUCGGGAGCCUGAUAAUACCUCGGUUCCAGUUGCUCUUCUCGUGCCGUCCUUUGGAACCUUCCAGACCAACGUCAGGAACAUCGCACCCUCCGACCGCGCCAUGCGUUCUGCAACCAAGAUGGCGAAUGAACUCUGUGUAAUCUUUCGUGACGAGCAAGAACGGGCGCAGAAAUUCUGUUCAAUCUUAAGUGAAUUUCUUGGUGAAGAUGUUGUCUCAAAUGCUACGAUUGGCGAUUUCAAGACCGACGGUGGGGUUACGGUUGACAAGGACGGUCCCGCACGACUUCUCGUCAGCGUCAAAUCAGAUCAAACUGGCACCAGUGAUCCGUGCUUUCAAGUUUCGUUGUCCUAUCUCGAGAAUACGCGCCGAGUUCGCCAGGAUGUUGUCGAUGAUAAGAACGCAAAAGCGGCGGCGGCGGCGGCUUGGGUCAGGGCAAGGCUACCAUCGAUUUUGAUAUCGCAUCCUGGUGAGUACAUCGUUCAGGUUGUACCCUUCAAUGAGAUUAGUUGUUUGUUCUUAGGCCCCAAUAUCCAAAUUCUUGGCGGUGUUAUGACUGAUCGACCGCAGAUCGAAGUUCUUACACCAUCUGUGCCUAUGUAUUUCCAUGUUUCGAAUCAAGACCUGUUUCUUGACCUUGCGCGCACCCUGACAGCCCUCAACAUCCUUUUCGGUGACCUCGGCAAGCUGUACGAUAACCCUCUCUCUCUCAACCCACUUCUUCCAGUUCAACAUGUGUACCCUUACCCCCGUGGGUUCAAACGUGGUACUGAGGUCGUUACUAUCACUUAUUUGAAGCGCGUCGACCCCAUUCGGCUGGUCUUUGAGGUUGAAACUGAGGAGAAGGACAUUCUAUAUGUAAAAUACACGCAACGGUAUGGUGUUGAAGCCCAUCGGAGGGCGCACGAAUUGGGGAUUGCCCCGGAGCUGCUGGCGUAUGACGACAUGCUUCCUGGGGGUUUGAAGAUGAUAGUAAUGAACCCAAUUCCCCCCGGCUACGUGGAAACCGAUAGUAUCAAACAGGGGAGUGAGGAACAAGGCAAGGUUCGAGCUCUAGUCAUCGCUCAAAUGAAACGUUACCUCGACGAAGGAUUCGUUCACGGUGACCUCCGCGCUGCUAAUAUUUUUGUUGAUGGUGAACGGCAGAAUAUCAUGGUCAUUGACUAUGACUGGGCCGGGCGCACCAAGGAGGUGAUGUAUCCUCCAGAUGUGCGAUCAUCUAUCGAGGUUUGGCGGCCACAUGCGGAAUUAAGCCUUCGUGCUAUUGAGACAGAACAUGAUUGGCAGAUGCUGGAGCAUCUCUACUACUAGCAUAAGCACUCUUAAUUACACAGACGAUGUUCUAUUUCGUUUUUGUUCUGUUCCGUUGUUGCGUAACCAAAUGUAAUGGAUCCCUCCUU